CCUGCGCUUUUGCCAUCGCCGGGCUUCACCGCGCACGGACUUCGCUGUUUCUUCUGUGCACGCUCUUCACUCUCUCCUGCGUUGUUGGAUCCAGCAGCACGUCACGAUCUGCCACGCGGUCGCCGUCUCCCCGCUGAAGAUGUGCAAUGUGCACAAGCGUAAUUGCGCACCAUGAGCGCUCGAUAGUCCACAGGAGCAAUGAGUCAUCACAUAUAUCUCUCCACUGGCGAUCCCCCCUCGGCCCUGCAUGCGUAAACACUUGUUUUUUGCCCAACGUUCGCCGCACAAAAGAAACAAAAAUGAGGAAACAGGUCUGCCUAGGACAAAGCCGAGGACUUGCCAAUUUGCCGUCGCUCAGAAUGCGGCGGGAUCAAAUCUGCACGGAUACAUUAGCCGACCAUCGUAAUCACAGCCACGGCUCCUGCACCUCGAAAAGCACCCAGCGCAAUGGUUAGGCUUUCAUCGCGCUCUCGCUGAGAAGACGGCUGAACACGAUCGGCCAAUGUCUCCAGCCUUUCUAGUGCUGUUUGGUGCGCGUGGAUGCAG